UGCUUGGUUAAGAUACCGCCCACCGAAGUAUCUGAUCAUAGGGGCAGACAGGCAGAGAGUGUAAAAUGGCGCACAGCUGUCGGUGGCGGUUCCCUGCUCGGCCCGGAGGGAGCAGCAACUCCGGUACCGGGAGGAGAGCGGGCCGUAUCAGGGUUACUGCCUUUUUGCGGAGCGUGUCCGGAGCCCAGCCGAACGCCGCCGGACUCGGACCCGGGUUUGACGCUGCACUACAGGUCUCCUCGGUUAUCAGGAGCAACCUGCGGAAAUUUCGGGAUGUUUUGGGGGAAUCGAGCGACUCCAGCGGCGCAGAGGAUGAAGCAUUUGAAGGAUUUGGAGCAUCUGAUGAACAAACAGAGAUACGGAGCCCAUCAUCAGCUUCUUCAGAAGGAGCACCCCAGCAGGAGAAGAAGCCCAGAGGCCGCCCGCCACGGACCCUGACUGCUCAAAAAAUUGCUGCCAGUUUAGCUUCCCCCUCGUCUUAUCCCUCUCCGACGCAAGCGAAACCCGACGGCCCUGAAAGGCCAGCAGAGAAAGUGAAAAGGCUUCCCGGGAGGCCACCUGGCACCGGUGAGAAGCGAAGGGGUCGCCCGCCUUCUUCAAGCAGCAAGAGAGCUUGGAGCACGGGCAACCAUGCGGCUCCUGGGGACAGCAGGCAGACUGGGUUUGAGCUGGGUACCGACGCAGAGGACGAGAAGGACAGAAAGGGCAACAAGAGGUUGCCGGGGGGCUCCGGACAGCCUCACGAUACCGAGGCAAAGCUUCCCAAAGGGGGGCGGGGGGAAUCCAAAGCCACCAACCUGAAGAGGCUCACAGAGACAAAAACCACUCCACUCAAAUCACGCCUCAAGACGUUGCCCGGUGCACCCCGACGCAGACGGGGGCGACCGCCGUCCGCUGAGCGGCUCAGAGCUGAAGCGGCGGCUGCAGCACAGCUGUCGGCCUCCAUGGAAGGCGGGGAGGGAAAACACAAAGCUUUUAGGGUCAGAGGAGGGGACAGAGGCACAGAACCACACAGCACAGAAGAGCCCAGGCUACGGAACAUGGAUGGCGCCGGAGACCAGGACUCUUCCACUCUACCCGCCUCCCCGUCUGCCUCUAAACCAGGUAGGCCAGUAGGCCUCAGGAAAAGCCCUCGGCACAGAAAACCUGUCAGAAUAGUGCCCCCUUCCAAACGUACUGAUGCAACCAUAGCCAAACAGCUGCUGCAGCGUGCUAAGAAAGGAGCGCAGAAGCGACUGGAGAAAGAAGCCGUUGGCAUUGGAGGGAGAGGGUCAGGAGCCGGUGAGGCCGGCAUCAGGAAGACCCAACUCAAGAACAUCCGGCAGUUCAUCAUGCCCGUUGUCAGCACUGUCUCCCUCCGCGUCAUCAAAACCCCCAAGCGCUUCAUUCAGGACGAGGGCAGUUUCGGAACGCCAGCGUCCCACGCAAAGAUAGCCCGAUUAGAAACGCCCCCAUCUGCCGUGGCGGUAUCUGCCCAACCUACACCCACCACCUCCUCGUCCCCUUCUCCUGCACUUGUCUCAAUUACAUCCGCCGCUACGAGCAGUGGAGCACCCGCUCCCGUCGAGUCUCUCCCCCCUCCGCCGUCUCCGACCCCCGUCUCCGCGGUCCCCCCGGCAGCUUCCGGUCUGCUCAACAGCAGCGGCAGCACUGCAGCCAACGGGAGGUUCAGCCAUAGCGCGCAGUCUUGCGGCUCAAGCGCCGUAUCGCAGCAUUCCUCGCAGCUUUCCUCCGCGGAGUCGUCCAGGUCCAGCAGCCUGAGCUUGGACGACUCCUCCUCGGACUCGCAGGCCUCUGAGGGCACGCAGGCUCUGUCGGAACCGGAGGAUCACUCUCCUUCCUCGCAAGGGGAAAGGGCGGCCAACCUCUUGAACAGCUCCAGGCCCACCUCGCCUCUUUCCGAGCCAGAGCAUGUGCUGGCGGAGGGGAGUCGCAGGGGCCGGAGAGCACAGGGGGCUGGCCGGGGAAGUCAGAAACAGAGGGGGAGAGAGACCGGCCCGGCAGGGGUUAAGAAGCCCAUCAUUAGCCCACCCACGGGAGUGCUGAUGUCCUCUUCUUCUCUCGGAAACUCCCAGCAGGCUUCAUCCACGGCUUCUUCCCCUUCCUCUCCACCACCACCACCCCCUCUCCUUACUGCUCCGCAGCCUCCCCUGUCUGGUUCCUCCGCCACAGCUGCCAUGAGCGAACACCACCCUCAGCCACCCUGGAUGCCUCACGCCAUCCCUCGCUUUAUGCCCGUGCCACCUGGGCUGCCCAGCUUGUCGGACAAGAGGAGUCGCUCAAUCCUGAAGGAGCCCACCUUCCGCUGGACAUCCCUGUCCCACCCCAAGCAUCAGUACUUCUCCUCUGCUAAAUAUGCCAAGGAGGGCCUCAUUCGAAAGCCCAUAUUCGACAACUUUCGUCCGCCGCCGCUCACAGCCGAGGAUGUGGGGUUGCCGCACCAAGGCGCCACCGGAUCUUCUCCCGCGGUCGCGUUUCCAGCGCCCGGCUCCGGAGCAGGAACCGGGAGCCGCCUGUUUGCCCCCCUCCACCCCCACACGCACCACCAACACCCCUCGUCGUCCCGCUUCGAGUCGCCCCUCCAGAAGCGCUCGCUGCUCCGCGCGCCACGUUUCACGCCCAGCGAGGCCCACUCGCGAAUCUUCGAGUCCGUCACCCUGCAGUCUUCUUCGGGGAGCAGCCCCGGCUCGCUCUCCCCGCACCAGACGCCUCCCAGCUCCAGCAGAACCCUGCGGCGCAAGAGGCGACAUGUCCUGGGGGCGCACCGUGGCCACCCGCGGUCUCCCUCUCACCCCAUGACAAGACGCAGCGUCCAAAUCAAAGUUGCCUCUGAGGUGUCUGCGCUGUCGGGCUCUGCUCCCAGCAGUAACUCCGGCUCUUUGCCGGGGGUCUCUGGAAGUCCAAUAACCACGAGUGCCUUAACGCCUACUCCCUUCAACACCUUCCCCACCGCCCCUCGGGCUCUGCACUCGCAAGGAACACCCGAUCCCAGAAGAGGUGGAGCAGGAAACCCAUCUCCCCUGUCAAACACCUCAUCGUCUGCUUCCUCGCCUCUUUUCCCUCUCUUCCCCUCGGGUGCUCACGACACGGGGCAAGGUGGCGGGAAUGCUGGGAAGGAAAAAGCCGCGUCCGCUCUCCAAGAAUCAGCUCCAAAGGAAAAAGAGAGAGAGUCCGAGAAAAGCCGCGAGAAGGAGAAGGAGAAUAAGAGGGACGCCAGGAAAGACGUGGAGAAGCGAAGUAAGGUACCCACCCCCGACGGCUCCCCAAACGCACCCUCCGGCUUGUUUACCGUCGAUGGGAGGGACUCGGAGGGCGCUGCUGCACCAAAAAAGACUCCCGGGAGAAAGAAAUCGACGUCCGUCGACGCCGUUCCUGACGCUGCGUCUGUAGAAGUCAGAGGGAUCCACUCCUCGUCCGGCGCUAAAGGUCGGCCCAUCAAAAAAGGAAGACCGCCCGAGAAAGGGACAGAGACAGAAGAAGGGGAGAAGGAAAAAGAGAAAGAGAAAAGAAGUACAGCUAACCAGCAGACAGCUAGCCUUCCAGGGCCGCAGGGCAGACAUACGCUUCCUGUCUCCGUGGUGUCGACAGAAGCGGGACAGGAUUCACUGACUGACAAGCGGCUGGUUGGACUGCUAAAGAAGGCCAAAGACCAGCUCAUUGCAAUAAAGAAGAAUAAGCUAAAGCCUGCCGAAGAAACUAAGGUCAAGGGUCAGGAGAGUGACUCGUCAGAGGCCUCUGUCCGUGGUCCACGCAUCAAGCACGUGUGUCGUCGUGCCGCCGUGGCUCUUGGCCGCAAUCGGGCCGUGUUCCCUGACGAUAUGCCCACACUUAGUGCCUUGCCCUGGGAGGAGAGAGAGAAGAUCCUAUCUUCCAUGGGGAAUGAUGAUAAGUCAUCGGUAGCAGGCUCAGAGGAGGCAGAGCCCCAGUCUCCUCCAAUAAAGCCAAGAGAGACGCGACAGAAGACCGUUCAAGAAGUUCCUCCCAAAAAGGGCCGUCGGUCCCGCCGCUGUGGCCAGUGCUCCGGCUGCCAGGUCCCAGAGGACUGCGGGGUCUGCACCAACUGUCUGGACAAGCCCAAGUUUGGAGGGCGAAACAUUAAGAAGCAAUGCUGCAAGAUGAGAAAGUGUCAGAAUUUGCAGUGGAUGCCCUCAAAGACUGCCCAAAAGUCAGGUAAAGGCAAGAAGGACAAGAAAAAGAACAAGUUUUCAGAGAAAAAAGAGGGUUUCAAUCCGGUAAAAGCCCCCAGCUUAGAGUCUGCCCCCAAACCUCUUCCCGCUCCUUCAAAGGACGAUCCCGCUCGGAAAAGCAGCGAGACCCCCCCUUUAAAGCUGAUGGAAGAGAAGUCCAAGCAGUCAUCACCAGCCACCGCCUCGUCCCCGGCCCCGCCCGAACAGGCUCAGACGCCAAGCACGGUCACCUCCCAGCCUCAGUCUCCUCCUCUGACUCCGGACACCAAACAGCUUCCAGUUGCAAGCGGCACCUCCAGUAAAAAGGGACAGAAACCACAACAGUCUCUGCAGGCCUCUUCCCCCACAUCUUCGUCGUCCCCUUCUUCCUCAUCCUCCUCCUCCUCGUCAUCGUCUUCGUCGUCGUCGUCGUCAUCUUCCUCCUCCUCCUCUUCCUCCUCGUCUUCGGCCCAGAACUCCCCCUCCCAGUCCACUGAGUGUCAGCAAGUCCCACAGCAAUGGCCGCCUGCGAGUCAGGGGCCGUCAAAGAAAGACGCUUCGCCCAAGAUCUCUCUGAGUGAACUCAAGAAAAAAUCAGCCCAGCAGCAGAGCUCGGCUCUAACAGUCGACUCAAAAACGGCAAAGAAGCCAACUUUUCGCACCGUUCCUCCAUCUCCCAAACAGAGAACAAAAGACAAGCCGCUGACAACAAAACCGACCAGCAGCAGUACUUUAAACUUGCUAAGCACUCCCUCGACUAGGGACCAGGUGAAGUCCAGAGCUCCCUGCGACGGAGUGCAUCGUAUCAGAGUGGAUUUCAAGAGGGACCAUGACGUGGAGAAGGUGUGGGAGGCCGGCGGACUCAGCCUGCUCACCUCCGUGCCCAUCAGACCCAUAGUGCUCUGCUUCCUGUGUGCGAGCAGUGGAAACGUUGAGUUUGUCUUCUGCCAGGUGUGCUGCGAACCAUUCCAUCUCUUCUGCCUGGGGGAGUCAGAGCGCCCCCUCCAGGAGCAGUUUGAGAACUGGUGCUGUCGACGCUGCCGGUUCUGCCAGGCCUGUGGGCGCCAGCACCAGAAAGCUAAACAGCAGCUGCUAGAGUGCGAUAAGUGCCGUAACAGCUAUCACCCGGAGUGCCUGGGUCCCAACUACCCCAGCAGACCCACCAACAAGAAGAGACUCUGGAUUUGUACCAAGUGUGUGCGCUGUAAGAGCUGCGGAGCCACGAAACCUGGGAAGUCCUGGGAUGCCCAAUGGUCACAUGAUUUCUCCAUGUGUCACGACUGUGCCAAACUAUUUUCUAAAGGAAACCUGUGCCCACUGUGCGAUAAGUGCUUUGAUGACGAUGACUGUGACAGUAGGAAGAUGGAGUGCAGCCGCUGCAAGAAGUGGGUCCAUGCCAAGUGUGAGAAUCUUACAGACGAAGCGUUUGAGCUGCUGUCAAAGCUGCCGCAGAGCGUCGCCUACACGUGCGGCAAAUGCAGCGAGCGCCACCCGGCCGAGUGGAGGGCCGUGCUGGAGAGGGAGCUUCAGGGCUGCAUUCGCAAUGUGCUCAACGCGCUGCUCAACUCGCGCACAUCCACUCACCUGCUACGCUACCGACAGGCGGUGAAGCCUCCGGAGCUGAAUCCAGAAACGGAGGAGAGUCUUCCAUCCCGGCGUUCCCCCGAGGGCCCGGAUCCUCCGGUCCUCACAGAAGUUCCCCCGACCCCUCCCAGCGACUCCCCUCCAGACCUGGAGUCUGUGGAGAAAAAGAUGGAUCAGGGCCGUUAUAACUCACUGGUGGAGUUCAGCGACGACGUGGCGCGAAUCAUUCAGGCAGCCAUCAACGGCGACGGGGGCCAGCCUGAGAGCAGGAAAGCAAACAGUUUGGUCAAGUCUUUCUUCAUACGGCAAAUGGACCGAAUCUUCCCAUGGUUCAAAGUGAAAGAGUCCAGGUUCUGGGAAAGGCAAAAAGUCUCUGCCAACAGUGGGCUUCUCCCCAACGCCGUCCUUCCUCCGUCCCUGGACCACAACUACGCCCAGUGGCAGGAGAGCCAGGAGCUCUGCCGUGCGGUGCACCCCCAUUUCAUGAGAAAGAUCAUCCCAGCUCCGCAGCCCAAGAACCCCGGCGAACUUGAUUCCCCGGCUUCACCUCCUCCGCUACCUCCACCACCUGCACUCUUGCCAGACCACGAUGACACCCCUGAGCCCCCUCCUCCUCCUCCUCCUCCUCCUCCUCCUUCGGGCAUCACUGAUAACAGGCACUGUGUUCUGUGCCUCCAUUACGGAGACGAGAACACCAACGACUGCGGCCGGCUGCUGUACAUCGGUCAGAACGAGUGGGCCCACGUGAACUGCGCUCUUUGGUCUGCGGAGGUGUUCGAAGACGACGACGGCGCUUUGAAAAACGUUCACGCGGCUGUGCUCAGGGGGAGGAAAACGACCUGUGAGCGGUGUGAAAAGACGGGGGCCACGGUGGGCUGCUGCCUCGCCUCCUGCACCGGUAACUACCACUUCAUGUGUGCCCGCCAGUGUCACUGCGCGUUCCUGGAAGACAGGAAGGUCUACUGCCCGAAGCACAGGGACCUCAUCAAAGGAGAGGUGGUGACGAGGUUUGAGGUAACCCGCCGGAUCCUGGUGGACCUCGGAGGGAUUAGCCUCAGGAGGAAGUGGCUGGCAGGGUUGGAGCCUGAAAAUGUCCACAUGAUAAUAGGCUCCAUGACCAUUGACUGUCUGGGAAAGCUGACCGAACUCUCCGACUGCAAACGCAAGCUCUUCCCCGUCGGAUACCAGUGCUCGAGGGUGUACUGGAGCACUUUGGACGCCCGAAAGCGAUGCGUGUAUACCUGCAAGAUAUUAGUUUGUCAUCCCCCGGUGGCAGAGGCUGACGUGAAGAGCGCCAUGGGUCCUGAGGAGAAUCGCACCAUUGCACACAGCCCACCUCCUAUCACAGAGUUUCCUGAUCCAUUUGAGUCACCGAGACGCUCCGAAAACCUCUCGCCUGCAAAUACCCCGAAGCUGAGGGUUUACACCAGAAACAGGCAUCCCAGCUACCCCCCCUGCCAGCGCUCCAUCGACUCCAAACACCUGUCCUCUCUAGAGAGAAUCUCGCUGCCCCACGGCCAGGCUGUGGGAGACUCUCCGGAGAACCCGAGCAUUCGCAGCGUCGACUCCAGGCGUCACAGCUCCCCUUCCCUCUCCCCUCCUCCUCCUCCUCCUCCUCCCCACCAGCUGAACAGGCAGAGAAGCGUGACCUCCUCGGCCCAGCAUUUGUCACGUCCCCUCACCUCGCCGCCUCCUCUCAUCCCCUCCCCGGCCAGAGACCCCGAAAAAUCCAAACACCUCAUCAAAGACUCAAAGAAGAAUCCAGUCCAAAGAGACGGGGACAGGGGUAGAUCCUUCUCCACCGACGGGAACAGGCCGCAGCCGGCGAGAGAACAGGGUCCGAGGGACGCGGACAAGGGAAGGACGUCGAGCCGGGACCAAGCGCCCAAGGAGUCGGAUAAGAGCAGAUCACCCAGAGAACAUGCGCCAAAAGACUUGGACAAGGGUGAAAUGUCAGCCAAAGAGCCAGAAAAGCGGCGAGACUCGGGUCUGAAGGAACCCGAGAGUGGAAGACAGCUGAGCAGAGACCCUUCAAGGGAUUCUGAAAAGGGCCGGCUUGCAAACAAAGACUCGAGCAAUAGAGAAACGGACAAGAAUAAGACCUCCUUUAAAAAUCCUAACCACAAGGGCAUAGACAAAUCUAGGUCUCUCAGCAGAGAGGCGGGACAAAGGGACUCUGAGAAACACAGACAGCGCAGCAGGGACGACGGGAAAGACGCGGGUAAAGAUAGACCGCCGAGCAGGGAUUCUGACAAGGGUAGACCCUCCUCCAGAGAUUCCAGCUACAGAAGCGCCGAGCGAAGCCGAGACUCCGGCUCAGGGAAAGACGGUCAGUCCAGGCGGACCGGAAGUGAGAGCAAGAGUCCAAGAUCGGCGCCUGUCGGCUCAGGACAGGCUUCCCCGCCAGUGGGGACGGCUGCCCUCUCAGGUCAGCAGAGGAGCGGAGGCACCAAACAGGUCGACAAGCAGGCGAGACACGGGGGCAAAGACCACGACGGUCUAGGCUCGCUGCCUCGUCACCGACCCAAUCCGCCCUCCAGCGUCCUCCCGUCCAAGGACAAGCCCAGCUCAGGGAAGGAGAGUAGCAGCACCACUGGAAAUAUCACACUGUCUCCACUACCCAAGGAAUCCGUCGUUGGGAAAUCCGCCUCCCCGCAGAAGUCCAGCGCACUGAAGUCAAACGAUUACUCUCCGGGUCCAGCGGGGAAGGCUCUGUUUUCCUCGCGGACAUCAGUGGAAGACGACGCUGGUAAACGGGGCUCCCUGCACCUGAGCUCCCCGGCUGCCAAAGAUAAACACCCCAAAGUCAAAUCAGCGGGCAGCAGAGAGGCGUCCAAAGACAGAGACCGGGAGAAGACCCACCAGAACAGCAGCAGCAGCAAAGCUCCGCUUCUCAACAACAACAACAGCAACGCAAAAACCACAGGCAGCUCCAACACGCACGCGCCAAACUCCAGCUCCUACAACAGCAAAGCUCCGGCGCUGGGAAACAGCACCAAAGCCCAAGGGAAGCCCCAGGAGAAGCAGCAGAACCAGGGAGAGGGCAGGUCGUCCGCCAAGAGCAGAGACGGCUACCCGUUUCCAGACAGGAAGUACGGCGGCAAUCCAGAAAGCUUCCAGCAGCUGCAGCAGAUUGGUCUGGCUGCAGAGAAAGGCGAGGUGAGCGCGCCUCAGCCUCACGCCAAACCCAAAACCAACCCGCUGUCCGUGUCCUCCAGAGACAAGAAGCGGCCAGUCAAGCCUUCUCCUCUCACUCCGCUCAAGGCCGACGUGAAGUCUGACCCUAACGGGAGGCAGUCUUCCUGUCCUACCAGCACCUCUUCCAACGUCUCCCCUGCUGGACAGGGGACCCAUCGCUCCGCCCCGUCCCCCAUGUUCUCCUCGCCCUCCGCCAGCAGCAGCGACAGCUCCGAGUCCGACGCCCAGACGCAGGCGGAGGAAGACGAGCUGCGCAAAAACCGCCCGCGCCACAGGCUCCGGGACCACCGCGGCCUCCUCUCUCAGUGCACGGCGGAGGAAGAGGAGGAGGAGGAGGAGGACGACGGCGAAGGCCCGGACGACGACAGAGGCAUGGAGGACAAGCAUCACGAGGACGACAGCGACGGCUCCGGGUCCGCCAAGAGGCGUUACCCGCGGCGCAGCGCCCGCGCCCGGUCCAACAUGUUCUUCGGGCUCACGCCGUUUUACGGCGUCCGCUCGUACGGCGAGGAGGACAUCCCCUUCUACGGCAGCGGGGACGGCGCGGGCGCCGUGGUCAAGCGGAGGACCGGCCGACGGAAGAAGUCCGCCGAGGGGCAGGUGGACGGAGCGGACGACAUGAGCACCUCGUCCUCGUCCGCGGACAGCGGCGAGGAUGAGGACGGCGGAAUGAAGAGCAGGGGCACAGACUCUUACUACUACAACUUCACCCGGACGAUAAUCAACCCCGGUCUUCCGUCCAUAGAGGGCUUGGACGAUUGCUUGGGACGGGGGUCCCAGCUUCAGCGCUUUCUGAAAGACGAGGAGCAGCAGCAGCAGAGGGCUCAGGGGAAAACGGAGGAGGACAUGCUGAGUUCUUUGACUUUGGGCAAACAUCAGAUCGGACAGGUUGACGGCGUGGACGACGGCUCCGAGAGCGACACCAGCGUCUGCACCACCAGCACCACGGCCACGACGGCCACCUCCUCCUCCUCCACCCUGCAGAAGAGCGCCCCUAAGAGGAGGGGAAGGGAGAGGCACGCCGACAAAAGCGACUCGCAUGAUUCGAGUAAGGAGGUCGACGGCGGCGGAGGUGCGGGAAGCGGGAACACGCGCGAGAGCCGAAAGAACCAGAAGGAAAACUGUCUUCCUCUUGGCGGGGGGGUCAAAUCCCAGCCCCAGAGUCAGGGUCAGGAUCCCCUUGAGGCCCAGCUCUCCCUCAGCACAGACCUGCUCAAGUCCGACUCCGACAACAACAACAGCGACGAAUGUGGCAACAUUUUGCCGUCGGAUAUCAUGGAGUUCGUGCUGAACACGCCCUCCAUGUCUCUGCCGGCUCUGGGCCAGCAGUCGGAGCCGUCGUCCUCCGAGCUGCUGCUGGACGAGUCCUACGACCUCAACAGGCGCAAAGACAUCCUGUUCGACGACUUCUCCCAGCCGAUGGCGAGCGCCGAGAGCGCAGGGGUGGUGGAGGCCGGCGUCAGCAGCUCCAUGUCGGUGGAGGAGCCGUACCUUCCCCUGGAGCUGCCGUCGGACCUCUCCGUUCUGACCACGCGCAGCCCGUCUGUCGGCGCCAGCCAGAACCACUCGGCCGGCGGCCUCAUCUCAAACGCCUCGGACGGCGCCAUCCUGGGCUUGAACUCCGACUCGGAGAGCAUGGGCGCGGAGAAGAGCGGCGAUAAGAAAGCGCCGGGGCCCAGCGUGUCGCCGUCUGACAGCCGGCACGACGGGGCGGCUUUAACCAACCGGGACGCCCAGGCUGCAGAGGGACACAUGACUCCGGAGCAGUUCAUUUCCAGCCCUGCUAUUGGUCAGGGGGUCGAAACCUCAGGCAACCAGGAUGCGAACAGGAGCUCUGGCUCGUCUGGUUUGCCGAGUUCUCCUUCGAUGCCUCUUCAGGGCCAGAAAUACCUCGCCGCCGCCGCUGCAGGUAGUCCCAGUCCAGUCUCCGGUCCCGGACCUUCCCAGGCUCAGGUCUCCAGCGCGGCGGUCAUCAAACCGGGCCCCGACAAGCUCAUCGUGGUCAACCAGCAGUUCCAGCCUCUCUACGUGCUCCAGCCGGUGCCCAACGGCGUCGCCCAGAAGAUCGGCGCGGCGGGGGUGAUGGAGACCACCACCUCCGCCGUGCUGAGCCCCAUGACCAUCACCAGAGGCCUGAACACGGGUCUGUCUCCGGCGCAGCCCAUUUUCCCCGCCGGCGGCAAAGUCCUCGGCGCCAUCCCUCACCCCUCUCAGAUUCACACGUUCGCCGGCUCCACGCAGGCGGGCUUCCAGACGGGCAUACCCAGCACCACCUCAGGCCUGCUCAUAGGACUCCCCUCCCAGCCGUCCGACCAGUCCCCCAUCUUGGUCUCGGAGGCCGGUCGCCGGCACGAGCUCGGCCCCAACGUCGCCAUCGUCUCCAGUCACUCCUCCCUGACGUCCUCCUCGCCCGCCCUCGCCUCCUCCCACGGCAAGAAGAGGCCCAUCUCUCGUCUGCCGAGGAAAAACAAGAAGCCCGCCCGCUGCCGCAGCCAGCCGGCCCUGGCCCCGUCUGACGUGGGCCCUCCCAACAUGACUCUCAUCAACCUGUCUUCCCAGCAGAUCACCGCGAGCAUCCCGGGACAAGCCGGCGGCCUGGUCGAGCUGAGCGCCAUCUCCCCGUCUCAGCGCAAAGUCCCCAACAUUAUCAAGAGGCCAAAGUCGGGCGGGGUCAUGUACCUGGAUCCCACGGCCCUCAUCCAGCAGAGAAUCCCCGGUCCCGCUCAGGCCGGCAUCCUUAGUCACGACUCCACCGCUCACAUCCUGCCCUGCUCGGUCGCCGGCCUCAACCCGAGCCAGUCGGUGUUGAACGUGGUCUCCGUCCCGCCCAGCGGGUCUGCGGGGAUCCUGGCGUCCGGCUCGGUGUCUCUCUCCACCCCCGUGCUGAGCUCCGCGGAGAUCGCCGGGCCGAUCAGCAACCUGCUCUUCAAAGCCAAUCCACACGGCCUGGGACUGUCGGACCAGCCCGUGGUCCUCCAGCCAGCGGGGGGCGCUCCCCUCCUGUCCCAGCUCGCCUCCCCCGUUCAGACGUCCAUCGCCAGCAGCAUCUGCGUCCUGCCGACCAGCAUGGCGGUCGCCCAGCACGGAGAGGCGGAGGGCGGCGGCGUCCACCUGCAGCACCAGGCUCAGCCCGUGAGCAGAGUCCAGACCGCGGACUGCAGUCAGAACCGUAACGCCGCUCUGUCCCCCGGCCCAUCCGCCCACCUGAGCCCCACCAAGGCACGCGUUGUCGGGCUCUUCACUCAGAAGCAGAGCCCUCUGCACUCCCAGGGCGGCAGAACAAACGCCGCUCCCAGAUCGUCGGAUCAGAAACCGACCAACCCGGCGACGGCUUCAGGUACAGAGAAAAGCAAAAGGAAAGUAAAGAGGGGCAGACAGAGUCCAGACAUCACCAGCGGGAAGAAGCUGAAGGCCCAUCAGGCCAACGAAUAUCACGGCAACCCCGGAAAACAGCCGCCGUCUUCAAACCCGAGAGAGGUGAACUCUCCCGAACCCAUGGACACCGGCAAGCCCUCGGAUAAGGCGGCCAACAAGAACGUGUUGAGUAAAAAGAAGACGUCCGACGGACGCGCUCUCCCGGGGAAAAUGGCGGAGAAGGACAAGCCACCUGCAGCUGGCGAGGCUGGGUCUUUUCCGGCAGCGUCGCCACCCGGCGAGGACGGCGACGGUGCCGAUGCCGGCUUGGACGGAAAACCCAAGAAGGGCAUCGUCUUUGAGAUCUACAGCGAGGACGGCUUUCACGUUCGCUGUGAGAGCAUCGAAGAGGCCUGGAAGUCCCUGACUGAUAAGGUGAAGGAGGCUCGCUCCAAUGCACAACUCAAAGAGCUUUCCUUUGAAGGUGUGAACGGGCUCAGGAUGCUGGGGGUGGUCCACGAAGCCGUGGUCUUCUUGCUGGAGCAGCUGUACGGAUCCAGACACUGCCGGAGCUACCGCUUCCGCUUCCACAAGCCAGAGGAGACCGACGAACCUCCCCUCAACCCCCACGGCUCGGCUCGCGCAGAAAUCCAUCACAGGAGGUCCAUGUUUGACAUGUUCAACUUCCUGGCCUCAAAACAUCGCCAGCCCCCCGAGUACCGGCCCCAGGAGGAAGACGAAGAGGAAGGGCAGCUCAGGAUAGCCCGGCGGGCCUCCAUGGAGCUGCCGCUCGCUGCGAGGUUCAAACAGCUCAGAGCCACCUCCAAGGAAACGGUUGGAGUCUACAGGUCGCCCAUUCACGGCCGCGGCCUCUUCUGCAAAAAAACCAUCGAGGCCGGGGAAAUGGUGAUCGAGUACUCCGGGAACGUGAUCCGCUCCGUGCUCACCGACAAGCGGGAGAAGUACUACGACGGAAAGGGGAUCGGCUGCUACAUGUUCCGCAUCGACGAGUACGAGGUGGUGGACGCCACCGUGCACGGCAACGCCGCCCGCUUCAUCAACCACUCCUGCGAGCCCAACUGCUACUCGCGGGUCGUCGCCGUCAGCGGCCAGAAGCACAUCGUCAUCUUCGCCUCGCGCCGCAUCUGCCGCGGGGAGGAGCUCACGUACGACUACAAGUUCCCCAUCGAGGACGCCAACAGCAAGCUGCCCUGCAACUGCGGCGCCAAGCGGUGCCGCAAGUUCCUCAACUGAUGCCCCCCCCCCCAAACGACUGGAAAAGGGAUCGCUCUGCGGCGGGAUGCUCUGCUGCCGUGCAGCGUCCCGCCCGUUUACGGUUUUAAGCUACAAACGACACCAGCUGCUGCAGGCGUCGGCGGGAAACGGCACCUGCGGGUGGCGCCGUCCCCGCGGAAAGGGCCAUAUGUAGAAGUCAUAACAUAUUGUGCCUCCUUUUUGUCUAAUUUAUAUUCGGCGUUGAAAGUUUCACCUCGAUAGGUGAGUAAAGAGACACGACAUUGCAAUAUUACCUUUUACUAUAUUUGGAUAGUUUUCCCUUCAUGUUUUUUUUUGUUUUGUUUUUGUUUGUUUUCUACAUUGGCCAAUCCUUAAUUUUACGGUCUACUAAUGUGAACUUUGAAGGAAAGGAUAAAAAGAUAUCAAAGAACUUGGAUCCGUUUUACACCAAAGUGCAAUUUGUUGAAGGGACUUGAAACUGAUUUACUUUUAUUUUUUUUUAUUAUUAUUAUUUUUAUUGGAGGUUGAAUUAGGACCCUGUUUUUUUAUUUUAUUUUUCUCCAGUGUUAUGGAUGCAUAUCUCCUUGUCUCAGUGUGCCCUGAUGCCUUCAGAGCUAAAAACCUUCCCCUAAAGUUUUCAAGCGUGUAUUAGACCCUGUAAAUACGCCUGAUAGGAGCUGUACAGGUGGAAACACUAGGGGGAGCCACGGUUGCAGGAAAAGGAAGAAGAAGAAAAAAAACAAAAACAAACCAAGACAUCAGGGAAGAAUAGUUCAUAAGAGAGACGUUUAUUUUUUACCAUUGCUGUAAAAGAGGUGUCCUCUGAUUCAGUCUCAGCUGGUCGGCUGGAAGCGAGUCCGAGAGUUCGGCAGCUAGAGAUUCUGGUGGACUGACAGCCAAAGGGACCAGAGAAAACCUACUGAUGUGCUUGAAUAGACAUACUUAAAAUUAUUUCUAUUAUUCUGUUUUUUUCUUGGGGCUUCAUCCGAAUGAUGCAGGAGCGCACAGACAGGAGUUUGGGGUCUGUGAAUGUCUCUGGUCGUGGUUAGCUGGGACGUUCCAAAAUCACAGCAGCAAGAGAACCAAACGCCAUCCCCUUAAAUUGAAUUUUCAUGCAGCUAAACCCCACCCCCCCCUUCUUCUUCUCGGGCCUGUUGUGAUAUCCAUUAUUAUGGAGAGUUUUUUUUCUUUUUUCUUUUUUUUCUUUAAUUAUUCGUUGUUUGUUAUCUGUUUUUUUUUGCUACAGACAGGGAAAUACCAUGCUCGCUUUUUGGAAACAAACCCAAUGUAAAUAAUGUAUAUUUUUUUACAAAAAAAGAAAAGAAAAAAAGAGAGAAUUAAAAGCACUCACUAGUGAAUAGCACUUAAUAAUGGUAUUUAUAUUUUUUAAAGAUUCAUAUUUAUUUUAUUGCCAUUUUUGUAGGAAAUAGAGGUUUACAAACACUAAUGCUUGGUCGAUAUGUUUUGUAUUCCACUGCCUUUUCAAAGUUUUUUUUUCUUUUCUUAUUUUUUUUUCUUAUUAUUUGGAGCCUGAAUGUUUUUUUUUCUUUGAAUCCAAAGACUGACACUGGUCUGUGGCUUGGUUCCCGUUUAGUUCAGUCCACCAGUAGCUCUUUAUCUACGUCAGGCCGUUUGGCCAGAGCUGAUGUUUAUUCUUAUUUUUUUUUUAUUUUCUACAUUUUCUUUUUAAAACGUCCCAGUUGUAGCUACUGGUACGGCCGUCAUGUGAACUAUUAUUAUUAUUAUUAUGCACUUGAGAGAGUUUGGAUUGUGGAGCUAUGGCAAGAUAUCUCCUCUCUCCAGCCUUAUCGUCUCCACACCACGUCGAUCGGAGAGUCGAGUCGCGCUCGCUGCUAUCGAAUCCGUUCUGUGAUCAGCCAAGAGGUCCGCUGGCUUACAGCUAAUUGGAAAUAAAGAAAUAAGCUACCCAUAUUUGUCAAAAAUGUAUAUCGCGCUCUGGAAAAGUAUUCUCUUUCACUUUUUUUUGCCACCUAACAACCACAAACUUGCACUUGAUUUGGAUUUUUUUUUUUUUUUUUUUUUUGACGGAGCAGCACAAAGUGGUGCAUCAGGGCAAAGUGAACCGUUUACAGAACCUGCGUGUCGUCCGUCAUAUGCCUCUACCACGUUUGCACAUCAAGAGACCGACAUUUUUUUUUUCCCCCAAUCAUUUUUAUCCCGUCACGCCUGAGCCGUCUUCCACAUCCGUGAGACGUCCUCCUCAUGGCUUGUGGGAAAACAGCGGAGCGGGACUUGUUUUCCGUCUCUCGGCUCGCCGCUCCCCGAUUCUAAACUAAUAGUUGACGGAUUCUGCCACAUCCUCAGGAGCUACCAUCAGGCUUCUUGGCUGCUUCUCAAAAUCAAGGCUCUCUAUGCAAGGUGUGUCGGCGCUGCUGGACAGCCACGUCUCGGACGCUGGUCACUGAUUGGCUGGAUUCUGAAGACACUCGGUUGCUCCGGCUUUUACGAGUAAAAAAAAGCUUUUUUAGUUAUGAACUGCUUUUCUGUGAGAUCCCAGUGAAAUGCACAGAAGUUUGAGGUCGUUGCGUGACAAAAAAAAAAACGGGACAAAGUGAAUACUUUUCCACGGCACUGCGUAAGCCCCUCUGCAGACUUACAAUAAGGAGGUGCCUUUAUUUUAACUUUUAUCAACAGCAGUCAUAGUCAUAUCUCCGUUGAGCCACUAAAAGAAAAAAA